GGUUAUCAGUUACAUCACCACGAGAAAAAUCCACUCCCUCUUCCCGCCUUCCCGCUUCUUCUUAAAUCUCGUCAGUCUAGAGAGAGAGAGAGAGAGAGAGAGAGACAGAGAAAAGGGUCCACUCAUAGAAGAGAGAGAGAGAGAGAGAUGGGUGAAGAGCGAGAGAAGGUAGAGAGAGAGAGAACUGAAGAGAGUGAGGGGUUUGGGAAAGAAGGUUUUGGUCUUGCAAUGGACACACCGAAUCGGAACCAGAUCACUACUCCAGUCUCUCAAUUCGAGGACUCGCCCGUCUUUAAUUACAUCAACAGUCUUUCUCCUAUCAAGACGGUUAAGUCUACACGUAUUAGCCAUACAUUGAACUCAUUUAGUUUUGCAACUCUACCGUCUAUUUUUACUUCACCCCAUGUCAGUUCACUCAAGGAAACUAGAUUCUUAAGAAGACAUCAGUUCUCAGAUCCAUCAAAACCAGAGUUUUCUUCCGAUAAUGAGAACAAAUGUGGUGCAAUUGAAGGGGUUAUGGAUGUUGCUCAUAACAUUGAUGAGCCGCAGCAAUAUUUUGAUCAAAGGAGUUCCAUUGAUGAAGCUGAGCCAACUUAUGAGUGUUCAGAGCUAGCAAUUGAGGUCUCGCAAACCCUGAUCUAUGAUUGUGGUAGCCCUGUUUGUAGUGCAACACCCUGCAAUGAGAUUGAAUCUAAAUAUGUGUCAGAAUUUGCUGGUACAUCGAGCUCAGGUCUGCCAUCUGCUCAAGAGGCCUCUGAAACAGGUUUCUUAGGAAAUGGGGUGCAGUUAGAAGGGAUAAGUAUGACUGAGAACAAUACUGAAGGCGCAGGACGUGAUUGGGAGAGCAUGAUAUCUGGUGCGGCUGGUUUAUUAGUAUUUGAUUCACCUGAUGAAGGAGAGGCUUUUAAGGGUCUUUUCCGGAAACCACUGGAUUCUGGAACAAGGUUACGUACUUCUCUUAUGUCGGAGUUCACUCAAGAUGAAAGUACACAAUCUCUUGAUCAGGUUGGGCUCGAACAUUGUGAAUCAGAAAAUCCUUGCUCUCAAGUAGGAGAAGAAGGCCGUCUGAAUGUAAUGGAGGCAACUGGAGAUAUCCUCGCUAGUUCUUGUCCGCAUUCACAUGUGCCUGAGCCAAGUGAACAAAUCGAUAAUGAGCCAAAUCCUAAUUUGCAUCGUGGCAUUAGGAGGCGCUGUCUGGUGUUUGAGAUAGGUGGAGCUUGCAACAAGCAUUUAGGCGAUAGUUCUAGCUCUUGCUCUUCCUUUUUAUCACGAUCUGAUGUCAACAUUGAGUCCAACGUCAAGCAGCUGGUUCCUAUAAAGACUGGCACAGAGUCUUCACGCCGCAUUCUACCUGGAAUUGGUUUGCACUUAAAUGCUCUUGCGAGGACUUCAAAGAACUACAGCAUCAGCAGUCAUGAAGUUUUGACUACUGAUCAAGAAUAUCUUGAUAAAUCUCCGGCAGUGACUUCUAUGGAAAUGCGCAUCAUUCCUUAUGAAAAUGGAGGUCAGGGUAUAGAAGAUACUUCUCAGGCAUCUGGGUAUAUAGCUAAUGAAGAGUUCAAUCAGAAUAGUCCAAAAAAGAAGAGGCGUAAGCUGGAAACUGCUGGAGAGAGUGAAGGCUGUAAGCGGUGUAACUGUAAGAAAUCAAAAUGCUUGAAACUUUAUUGUGAAUGCUUUGCUGCUGGCGUCUAUUGUGUGGAGCCAUGUUCAUGUAUAGAUUGCUUCAACAAGCCUGUUCACGAAGAUACUGUCCUUUCGACUCGUAAACAGAUCGAAUCUCGAAAUCCCCUUGCAUUUGCUCCUAAAGUAAUUAGGAGCUCCGAUUCUGUGCCAGAAGUUGGGGAUGAAUCAAGCAAGACUCCAGCUUCAGCAAGGCACAAAAGAGGAUGCAAUUGCAAGAAAUCUGGCUGCCUGAAGAAGUACUGUGAAUGCUUCCAGGGUGGUGUUGGAUGCUCCGUUAACUGCAGAUGUGAAGGGUGUAAGAAUGCAUUCGGUACAAAGGAUGGGUCUGCUUUAAUAGGAGCAGAAGCUGAGCUGGAAGAAGAAGAAGAAGAAACAGAGACAUAUGAAAAGACCGUUGUAAACAAAAGUUUACAGAAGAAUGUAAUUCAGAACAGUGUAGAGCAGAAUCCAGACUAUGCUCUUCCAGCAACACCUUUACGGUGUGGCAGAGAAUUGGUUCGACUCCCAUUUUCCUCUAAGAGCAAGCCACCGCGAUCUUCAUUUCUUUCCAUCGGAUCCUCUUCCAGUUUUUAUGGUAGCCAAAAGUUUGGAAAGCCGAACUUCUUACCUCAACCCAAGUUUGAGAAGCGAAUCCAAGCUGUUCCGGAAGACGAAAUGCCUGAGCUUCUUCAAGGGAACUGCUCUCCCAUCAGCGGUAUCAAAUCUGCUUCCCCAAACAGCAAGAGAGUCUCUCCUCCACAUUGCAGUGACUUUGGGGUGUCCCCUGGCCGGAGGAGCAGCCGGAAGUUGAUAUUGCGGUCUAUUCCUUCAUUUCCUUCUCUCAACCCCAAGGAUUGAAAGGUUAAAUCAUCACAUCAGUGAACUCGAGACGAAGUUGUUUAAUCUUCAGUGUAGUUAUUUGAGCUGUGUUGUUAUAUGUAGUAGUUGUAUGUUAUUUGAGUUUGUGUCAUGUAUAAUAUUACAGCAGUCCUAAUAACGAAUAAUUUGCUUCAGUUAAGUAGUGAAAUUCUAGUGGCCUCUCCAAA